CGGGCAAAAGCAAAAACGUGGAUGCUGAUGAAGUGAAGUUUCCGAGAGUCCCGAGAACGCCAGGAAAGUUUCGCGGCCCCCACGAAGAGCGCCAAAAUAAGCCCCAAAUUACGUACUCCGCCACCCAAAGAGAACCGCCUUUCCUCCGUUUGCGGCAAGCAGAGCGGGCUUCUCGCACUUGGAGCUCCAGCAACAACCUGACCGGAACUUGUUUUGAAGACUUUUAUCAGACCAAUUUCGAGCUUCAAACUCCACCCCAAAAUGCCGCAAAAGACAAACGGACACAGCGCCAACGGCUGCAACGGAAGCAACGGCAACUCCUACGACAUGGAAGACGGAGCCACAUUCCUGUUCACUUCCGAAUCCGUUGGCGAGGGCCAUCCAGACAAAAUGUGCGACCAAAUCAGCGACGCUAUCUUAGAUGCCCAUCUGAAGCAGGAUCCCAACGCAAAAGUGGCGUGCGAAACCGUGGCCAAGACUGGUAUGAUCCUGCUCUGCGGAGAGAUCACAUCAAAGGCCGUGGUCGACUACCAAAAGGUUGUUCGUGAGACAGUUCAGCACAUUGGCUACGAUGACUCCUCAAAGGGUUUCGAUUUCAAAACGUGCAACGUGCUAUUGGCAUUGGACCAACAAUCGCCCGAAAUCGCUGCCGGAGUGCAUGUCAACCGCGCCGAGGAAGAGAUCGGUGCCGGAGAUCAGGGCAUCAUGUUCGGAUAUGCCACCGAUGAGACCGAGGAGUGCAUGCCACUUACCGUCGUGUUGGCCCACAAACUGAACGAGAAGAUUGCUGAGCUGCGUCGCACGGAUGUCUUCUGGUGGGCUCGACCCGAUUCCAAGACACAAGUUACCUGCGAGUACCUCUUCAAUCAGGGAUCAGCAGUACCCAAGCGCGUCCACACUAUCGUAGUGUCCAUGCAGCACUCGGAGAAGAUUUCGCUUGAGACCCUGCGCUCAGAAGUAAUGGAGAAAGUUGUGAAAGUCGUCAUUCCCGCCAAAUACAUUGAUGCCAACACAAUUGUACACAUCAAUCCUUGCGGUCUCUUUGUCAUCGGUGGCCCCAUGGGUGAUGCCGGACUAACAGGCCGCAAGAUCAUUGUGGACACCUACGGAGGCUGGGGCGCCCACGGUGGCGGUGCGUUCUCUGGCAAGGACUUCACAAAGGUCGACAGAUCCGCAGCUUACGCAGCCCGCUGGGUGGCCAAGUCUCUAGUUAAGGCCGGUCUCUGCAAGCGCUGUCUUGUCCAAGUCUCGUACGCCAUCGGUCUAGCCGAGCCUCUGUCCAUAACUGUGUUCGACUACGGUACUUCCCACAAGUCGCAAAAGGAACUCCUAGAUAUCAUUCGGCGCAACUUUGACCUCAGACCCGGCAAGAUUGUCAAGGACUUGAACCUGCGUCAGCCAAUAUACCAGCGUACCAGCACCUAUGGCCACUUCGGACGCGCCGGUUUCUCGUGGGAGGAGGCGAAGCCUUUGGAGACUGACAACUGACUACACGCUGACGCUCCGCUACCACAGUCACCGUGUGCUAAAAGGUUGAAGUCAUCGUCAUCAGCGUCAACAUCAACAGAAACCACAACACCAACGUAAUUUUUAGUUUCGUUUUUAAAGUUAAAAGUCGUCGAAACUUGCAGCUGCAACGGCCUGCGACCUCCCUUGGGCUUUAGUUUCUGACUACAUCUACGCUCUUCGUUAUAUAAUGUAAACCAAUCUAAUGCGUGUAGUCUUUUCAAACAGCACUAGUUGUAGUCGUCAUACUACCCGCAUAUAUAUACUUAAUAGAGGGCUCCACCACAAUUGAUGAGCUUUAGUUAUACAUAUACAUAGUAUAGACUCGUCCCUCAGUUAUAAUAUCACAAAAAUUAAAGAAGUAGUUAGUCUCCCCUUCAAAUACCCCGCAAUGCAAAUCAGUUGGCAUAAAACUUUUAUAUCCGUUGCCUUAAAGUUAUGCACCGUUCUCAUGUCCUUACUGUACACAUAUUUUUGUAUCUUUUAAUAUUCCUAUUUGUUGUCGUAUGCGUUGUAUAUGUUUAACCAAAAGUUUUUAAACAACUCGAUUGUAUGUAAAUUACACACUGUCUUUGUAUUUCUGUAACCAACCAACCGUAAGAUAAUGUAUUUUCCUUUACAAAAAUAUAUUAAAAAUACAAAUGUUUGUAAUGCAAAAAUA